AUGUCGCGUGUUAGCGUGCCGUCCGCGGAUCUCUCCCUUCGUCAGGAAGACGACGGACAUGAGACUGUGACCGAACGCGAGGCCGCGGCAAUCGAGGCGGUCAGCUCAUGCCGGUUGCCGCCUUUCUGGAGAGCCAAGCCGGACUUCUGGUUCGUGCAGGCUGAGGCUGCACUGCAGGUCGAGAAAUACCAUACGUUGAAGAGCGCCAUUCUGACGCGCCUUACGGAUUCAGCCGACAGACAGCUGCUCAAACUUUUUACUCAGCUGGAGCUGGGCGACAGGCGCCCGUCGCAACUUUUACGCCAUAUGCGUGGCCUCUCAGCCAACCGAGUUCCAGACGACGUUCUCAGAGUCAAAUGGCUGGACUUAUUGCCGGUGAGUGCUCAGCGCCUCCUUCGCAUUCUCAAGACUCCCAGCUUGGAGGAGCUGGCGACCAUGUCCGAUGAGAUCGUCGAGGCAUCACCUGGCGUCGCAGCUGCCUCACUCUCCUCGUCUGAGCCGGAGAGUGCUUCCUCGGCUGUGGGCGUCUCGCGGCCCCCGAGUCGGUCGGGCAGCGAGGACCAGUUCGACAGACUGACCGCGGAACUCGCUUCCAUGCGAGUCUCCCUAGCGCAGGUCGUGGGACUCAACCGUGAGAUCCUUUCUCGGGUCGAGGGUCUGGACUCGGAGCCACGACCUCCGGACAUUAUCGCGCGACGGUUCGGCCCGGGGAAACUAACGGCGCCGGCUCAGGUGCAGGCUUCUGAGUCCGGCGACCGGUUCCUGAAGGAGAAUCGCCUGCACGUGUUUGAUCGAGUCACCAACCUGAAGUUUCUGGUAGACUCAGGUUCAGUGGUCUCUCUGCUGCCGAGGUCUGCUGUGAAGGAGAGGAUUAAAAAACAGGAACUAACACUUCAGACAGCAAACGCCUCUGCUAUCGCCACCUACGGCCGACGUACGCUAACAUUGAACCUCGCCUUGCGAAGGCCGUUCAAGUGGACUUUCAUUGUGGCCGAUGUCCGCACGGCCAGUGUGCACAGUUUUACUCCGCUUACAGCAUGA